GCUUUCCUCCGCGAAGGCUCCUUUGAUAUUAAUAGUGUUGGUGUCUUGAAACUGACGUAAUGCGCGGAGACUGAGGUCCUGACAAGCGAUAACAUUUCUGAUAAAGACCCGAUCUCACUGCAAUCUCAAGCGUCCUCUUUUUUGGUGCUGCUCCUUUCUCCAGACCCCGCGUCCUCUCGAUCGCUCUCUCGCCUUCCUAUUUUUUUUUUUUUAAACAAAAAACAACACCCCCUCCCCUCUCCCACCCGGCACCGGGCACAUCCUUGCUCUAUUUCCUUUCUCUUUCUCUCGCUCUCUCUCUUUUUUUUUAUAAAGGGGGGGAGGGAAGGGAAAGGGGGGGAGGCAGGAAAGACCUUUUUCUCCCCCCCCCGCCAAUAAUCCAAGAUCAACUCUGCAAACAACAGAAGACGGUUCAUGGCUCUGGCCGCCGCGCCACCAUCUUUCGGGCUGCCGAGGGUGUUCUUGACGAUUAAUCAACAGAUGUACAGAUCAGCUCUCAAAAUGUCUUCUGUGUCUUCCGAGCGUCUUCUAAGACAAUUGCAUUAGCCUCCUGCUAGUUGACUAAUAGAAUUAAUAAUUGUAAAAAGCACUCUAAAGCCACAUGCCUUAUGAAGUCAAUGCUGGGUAUGAUUUUACAAAUAUGGUCCGGAAAAAGAACCCCCCUCUGAGAAACGUUGCUAGUGAAGGCGAGGGCCAGACCCUGGAGCCUAUAGGUACAGAAAGCAAGGUAUCUGGAAAGAACAAAGAAUUUUCUGCAGAUCAGAUGUCAGAAAAUACGGAUCAGAGUGAUGCUGCAGAACUAAAUAAUAAGGAGGAACAUAGCUUGCAUGUCCAAGAUCCAUCUUCUGGCAGUAAGAAGGACUUAAAAAGUUCAGUCCUGAGUGAGAAGGCUGGCUUCAAUUAUGAAAGCUCCAGUAAGGGAGGAAAUCUUCCCUCCUAUCCACAUGAUGAGGUGACAGAUAGAAAUAUGUUGGCUUUCUCAUCUCCAGCUGCUGGGGGAGUCUGUGAGCCCUUGAAGUCUCCUCAAAGAGCAGAGGCAGAUGACCCUCAAGAUAUGGCCUGCACCCCAUCAGGGGACUCAUUGGAGACAAAGGAAGAUCAUAAGAUGUCACCAAAGGCUACGGAGGAAACAGGGCAAGCGCAGAGUGGUCAAGCCAAUUGUCAAGGCUCAAGCCCAGUUUCAGUGGCCUCAAAAAACCCACAAGUGCCUUCAGAUGGGGGUGUAAGACUAAAUAAAUCCAAAACUGACUUACUGGUAAAUGACAACCCAGACCCGGCACCUCUGUCUCCAGAGCUUCAGGACUUUAAAUGCAAUAUCUGUGGAUAUGGUUACUAUGGCAACGACCCCACAGAUCUGAUUAAGCACUUCCGAAAGUAUCACUUAGGACUGCAUAACCGCACCAGGCAGGAUGCUGAGCUGGACAGCAAAAUCUUGGCCCUUCAUAACAUGGUGCAGUUCAGCCAUUCCAAAGACUUCCAGAAGGUCAACCGUUCCGUGCUUUCUGGUGUGCUGCAGGACAUCAAUUCUUCAAGGCCUGUUUUACUAAAUGGGACCUAUGAUGUACAGGUCACUUCAGGUGGAACAUUCAUUGGCAUUGGACGGAAAACACCAGAUUGCCAAGGCAACACCAAGUACUUCCGCUGUAAAUUCUGCAAUUUCACUUAUAUGGGCAACUCAUCAACUGAACUAGAACAACAUUUUCUUCAGACUCACCCGAACAAAAUCAAAGCUUCUCUCCCCUCCUCUGAGGGUGCAAAGCCUUCAGAGAAAAACUCGAACAAAUCCAUCCCUGCACUUCGAUCCACUGAAUCUGGAGACUUGGGAAAGUGGCAGGACAAGAUCACAGUCAAGGCAGGAGAUGACACUCCUAUUGGCUACUCAGUGCCCAUCAAGCCCCUCGAUUCUUCUAGACAAAAUGGUACAGAGGCCACCAGUUACUACUGGUGUAAAUUUUGUAGUUUCAGCUGUGAGUCCUCUAACUCACUUAAACUGCUAGAACAUUAUGGCAAGCAGCACGGAGGAGUGCAGUCAGGUGGCCUUAAUCCAGAAUUGAAUGAUAAGCUUUCCAGGGGCUCCGUCAUUAAUCAGAAUGACCUAACCAAAAGUGCAGAAGGGGAGCCAAUGACCAAGGCAGACAAGGGCUCUAGUGGGGCUAAAAAGAAGGACUUCUCCAGCAAGGGAGCAGAGGAUAAUAUGGUAACAAGCUACAAUUGUCAGUUCUGCGACUUUAGAUACUCCAAAAGCCAUGGCCCUGAUGUAAUUGUAGUGGGGCCACUUCUCCGUCAUUAUCAACAGCUCCAUAACAUCCAUAAGUGUACCAUUAAACACUGUCCAUUCUGUCCCAGAGGUCUUUGCAGCCCAGAAAAGCACCUUGGAGAAAUUACUUAUCCGUUUGCUUGUAGAAAAAGUAAUUGUUCCCACUGUGCGCUCUUGCUUUUGCACUUGUCUCCUGGGGCGGCCGGAAGCUCGAGAGUCAAACACCAGUGCCACCAGUGCUCAUUCUCCACCCCUGAUGUAGAUGUGCUCCUCUUUCAUUAUGAGAGCGUGCAUGAGUCCCAAGCAUCGGAUGUCAAACAAGAAGCCAAUCAUCUGCAAGGAUCAGAUGGGCAGCAGGCUGUCAAAGAGAGCAAAGAACACUCAUGUACCAAAUGUGAUUUCAUUACCCAGGUAGAAGAAGAGAUUUCCAGACACUACAGGAGAGCGCACAGCUGCUACAAAUGCCGUCAAUGCAGUUUCACAGCUGCCGAUACUCAGUCACUACUGGAGCACUUCAACGCUGUUCACUGCCAGGAACAGGACAUCACUACAGCCAAUGGCGACGAGGACGGUCAUGCCGUAUCCACCAUCAAGGAGGAGCCCAAAAUUGACCUCAAGGUCUACAGUCUGCUCAAUCCAGACUCUAAAAUGGGAGAGCCAGUUUCCGAGAGUGUGGUGAAGAGGGAGAAGCUAGAAGAUAAGGACACGCUAAAAGAAAAAGUUUGGACUGAGAGUUCAAGUGAUGAACUUCGCAGCAUGACUUGGAGAGGGCCAGACAUCCUGCGGGGCAGUCCAUCAUACACUCAAGCAAGCCUGGGGCUUCUGACGCCUGUGUCCGGCACCCAAGAGCAGACAAAGACUCUAAGGGAUAGCCCCAAUGUAGAAGCUGCCCAUCUGGCGCGACCUAUUUAUGGCUUGGCUGUGGAGACCAAGGGAUUCCUGCAGGGGGUGCCAGCUGGUGGAGAGAAGUCCGGGGCCCUCACCCAGCAGUAUCCUGCAUCGGGAGAAAACAAGUCCAAGGAUGAGUCCCAGUCCCUGUUACGGAGGCGUAGAGGCUCGGGUGUUUUCUGUGCCAAUUGCUUGACCACAAAGACCUCUCUCUGGCGAAAGAAUGCAAAUGGCGGAUAUGUAUGCAAUGCGUGUGGCCUCUACCAGAAGCUUCACUCGACUCCCAGGCCUUUAAACAUCAUUAAACAAAACAACGGUGAACAGAUUAUUAGGAGAAGAACAAGAAAGCGCCUUAACCCAGAGGCACUUCAGACUGAGCAGCUCAACAAACAGCAGAGGGGUGGCAGUGAGGAGCAGGUCAAUGGAAGCCCCUUAGAGAGGAGGUCAGAAGAUCAUUUAACUGAAAGUCACCAGAGAGAAAUUCCCCUCCCAAGCCUGAGCAAAUAUGAAGCCCAGGGUUCAUUGACUAAAAGCCAUUGUGCUCAGCAGCCGGUCCUGGUCAGCCAAACUCUGGAUAUUCACAAAAGGAUGCAACCUUUGCACAUUCAGAUAAAAAGUCCUCAGGAAAGUACUGGAGACCCAGGAAAUAGUUCGUCUGUAUCUGAAGGGAAAGGAAGUUCUGAGAGAGGCAGUCCCAUAGAAAAGUACAUGAGACCCGCGAAACACCCCAAUUACUCACCACCAGGCAGCCCUAUUGAAAAGUACCAGUACCCCCUUUUUGGACUUCCCUUUGUACAUAACGACUUCCAGAGUGAAGCUGACUGGCUGCGGUUCUGGAGUAAAUAUAAGCUCUCCGUUCCUGGGAAUCCGCACUACUUGAGUCAUGUGCCUGGCCUACCAAAUCCUUGCCAAAACUAUGUGCCUUAUCCCACCUUCAAUCUGCCUCCUCAUUUUUCAGCUGUUGGAUCAGACAAUGACAUUCCUCUAGAUUUGGCGAUCAAGCAUUCCAGACCUGGACCAACUGCAAAUGGUGCCUCCAAGGAGAAAACGAAGGCACCAUCAAAUGUAAAAAAUGAAGGUCCCUUGAAUGUAGUAAAAACAGAGAAAGUUGAUAGAAGUACUCAAGAUGAACUUUCAACAAAAUGUGUGCACUGUGGCAUUGUCUUUCUGGAUGAAGUGAUGUAUGCUUUGCAUAUGAGUUGCCAUGGUGACAGUGGACCUUUUCAGUGCAGCAUAUGCCAGCAUCUUUGCACGGACAAAUAUGACUUCACAACUCAUAUCCAGAGGGGCCUGCAUAGGAACAAUGCACAAGCGGAAAAAAAUGGAAAACCUAAAGAGUAAAACCUUAGCACUUAGCACAAUUAAAUAGAAAUAGGUUUUCUUGAUGGGAAUUCAAUAGCUUGUAAUGUCUUAUGAAGACCUAUUAAAAAAAAUACUUCGUAGAGCCUGCCUUAUCCAACAUGAAAUUCCCUUCUUUUAUUAUUCUUUCUUUUGAUGAGUUGGUUACCAAGAUUAAAAAGUGAGACAAAUGGUCAGUGAGAAAAAAAUGGAAGAUGGUAAACAGUCGUGUUUUGGAACCUAGUAAGUCAAAACCAUCUUGGUAAAUGUGUACUGUGGAAAUGAUCCAUAAGAAGUAUCACCAGACUAUAAUUAUGAUGUUUGUAAAGAAAGAGAUCAAAGCUGUGUAGAAUUUGAAAGGGUUUACAUAUUAUAAUACUAAAGCAGUAUCGGGCUAGCCAUUGGCCCAUUUGUUCAAAAACCCGUAAAUUGUUGCAUAAAUUUAGAAGUAUGAAAUCCUAGGCAGAUGAAGAGAAAUCUAAUCUCCAGGGCAGUGAAAGGAAGAUGGCGCCCUCUUACAUCAGUCUCCUCUCAUUGACCAUGUUUCAGAUUUAGACCUAGAAAUGUGAGCUGUGGUUAGGCUUGGUGAGAGAGCAGCAAAAGAAGUGACAGAUGGUGGCACAAAGUUUUUGGCCAGCCCUGCCUGUACAUACACAUGCACACCCUCUCUGAUAUUUUAGUCCUUUAGAUGUUCAAAUCCUCCUUUCAAAAGGAGUCCUUUUGUUUGCAAUUUAGGUUCCUUUUGUUCAAAUAUACAUGCAUUUUUAAAAACAACGUCCUCUGUGCUUAUGUAGUAAUUUUGUUUUAGCCAGAGUUUUCUUUCUUGUAUGUGAUGAACCAGUUUGGAUUUGUUUUUUAAGCCUCCUCUUGGUCACUAAUCUCACUUGGCAGAUUAUAACUAAAGGGAUCCCCUCAGUUCAAAAGACUAGAUGGAUACAAAAGUUCAGACCACGAGCUUAAUUUGCUUCGAACACAUGGUAUUUCUCCACAAGGUAACCUGCUGUAUUUAUUUAUUUUUUUUUUUUGGUUAAAUAUAAUUUCCAAACUUCUUUGUGGUCAGGCAGCGUCUAAGGUUACGUUACCACAGACUGACAGUUGGUACAUGUACCAAUCAUUCCCUUCAUUAGACUUAUACAGGUUUAGUUAAGUAGCAUUAAAUAGGAUCCUUCGAAGUAUUUCUUCGUAGUACUUUUAAUACUUAAGGCUUUGUAAAACUAUCCAUGAAGGGAAAGCUCCUCAGCAUAACUGCUCAGGGAAAUAGGGCUAAAUAACUGAACAUUAAAUAAUUGGUUAAAGGUGCUGUUAGUCGAGCCUCAAUGCUUGCUACAAGGAUGUAUGUACAAGGACUGACUUUAAUAAUUUGCAUUAUAUUGUCCCAACCAGUAGUUUAUUUUUUGCCACGGAGAUGUAGAAGAUAUUACAAGCUACUGGAUGCACUGUCAGAUUAACUUAUUUCAUUAAAGAAGUUGGGAGAACAAAUAGGAAAAAAAAACUUAUUUUUCUAGUAAAUAUUAAUGUAUUACAUUUCAAAUAAUGGUGCCUGACAUAUUGAAUAAUUAUUUUCUACAGUGUACGUAUGCAACAAAGAUAUUCCAUCAUGCAUUAGAGUCAGUUCUGGCUCUGCCUAGCUGUUUACAUUUGCAAAUGUAGCAAACAAGGUAAUGAAGCAACUAUUUCUAUUGCGGUAGAUAUCUUUUGUGUGUGUGUGUGUGCAUUAAAGUUGUAAACGGUAACAUGAAACAAAUGAAAGUUCUUGAUAUAAUGGUAUGGAAAACAAGAAGGAAAUGAAAAUAUUUUUAUGCCUACUUAGGAAAAAAAGGGUAGCACUAUUCAUUCCAAGUACUUUUUUUUUUUAAUUUUUAAGCUCUUAACUCACAUUGUUAUGCUUAAAAUGAUAAACAUAUAUCCUCUUUUUAUUGCUUUGUCUAUGUUUCAGAUGAAACAUUUCAGAAAUUAUUUUGAUAAGUGCUGCUGGAAUCCGCGGCACUGAUGUUUUUAUUGCCUUCUGUAGUCGCAUCCGCACUCCAGUUUUACAUGAAUUUGCAGUGGCUUUGUAUUGUUUUGUUUUGUUUGGGUUUUGUUUCUUUUUCCCAGUGCCAGGUCUUCGUUUCUUCAAGUUGGAUGGCAGGUAGAGUUCAACUAGUUCAUGACUGUUGUAGUGAAUGACGUUAAAAAUGUCUUUCUGGUGUUGUGUUGUCAUUUCCAUUCUUGCAUUUUCGUUUUCAUGUUAAAAAAAAAAAAAAGAGAGAGAGACAGAGAGAGAGAGAGAGAAAGAAAUCAGGACUAAGCCUUCUGCUUCAGUUUCAUUUUUCAAGGGCCCUAUUCUGAUCUCACCUGUCGCGUAGCUCUCCUAUUCACAUAAACUGAAAUAGAGAGGUGGAAUGAGGAGCUUUGACAUUCAGACUAAGUGAUGUAAUUUAUCUUUCUUAGGAAUUUUGAUGAAUGCAUCUCAAAAUAUACAGGCAGACUUGAGAGGUGGCAAUUAAAAAUCCAAAAAAGAGAGGAGAUUUCCCAAACAACAAAACAAUAUUUAAUUUUCUUAGUAAAAAGACUAGUAACAAAGUACACUGUGGCAAUCCUCAAGGAACGUUAUAUGUGGACUGUUCAAAUCAGCAAAAUACCAGAAGUUUGGUUACUUGGGCAAUAUUACAGGUAUGACUUUUUGAGCAAAACUACUCCAUAAGCUGUUUCUCCGUGUGUCAGAUACAAAUAGGUUGUUCAUUGUGGGCAUUUAUGCCUUUUUUUUUUAAUCUGAUUUUUUUUCUCAGACAGACAUAGUAGUAAUGAUUAGCAUUGGAAAAUGCAUAUCACUAUUCUUGGAAUAUUUAUGGUCUACUUUCAUUAGAAUUUUCUUGGAUAGCAUUGACACAAUAGAUCUUAUUUCAUUUUCUUUAUUAUUGAUUAUUUUAUUUUCAUUUUUGUUUUCAUUAUUAUACAUAUUUUGAUGGAGAAGAGGUUGGGCUUUUUUAAAAUGAUGAAAAUUUAUUGUAACACUAAAAAACCCCUUAUUUUUUGACUUAGGAAAGUC